GGAUGAUGCAGCGGGAUCUGUUGGAUAGAUUUGAGAUACCAAUUCAUGCUGGAGUCACUGGAUGUCUUUCUCAGGGAGGAGCAGAUUCAGGCAGCUGCGUUCCAUCUGGCUGUUCCAGACAGGAACAUAGUGGUUUUCAAACAAGUGGGUUCAGUGUCUUUUACAGUGUUGUGUUCAGCACUGUAAAAAAUAAAACUCAAGAAUUGUGGAUGUACUGUAAUGGACUCGCUCUAAUGACAAACAUUCGUUGCUCCUUGCUUUCAACAAUCUCUAUUGCUUGACUUUUUAAUGAUUUGCAAAUCCAACAUGUGAAUACCAAAUAUUUCCAGAGCAACACCAUAUAGUGCCCCAGCAAACCCAGAUGAGCACAGGAUCAACAUAUGCUGAUCUUCCUCACCACCUAAAAAGCAGCUGAAGCUUAAUGAGCUUGAUUAGUCUGAGAAUUGAAAAGCAGAAACUGGUUUUGAAAGUGUUAUCUCCAAUGGCUUGCUCGGAGACACUUGAUGAAUGAGGACAAGCACUGAAGUGGAGGAUACUUCCUGAUCAGGUACCAUUCACAUCCAUUCUGUGCAGGAACUGAUGAAGAUGUGCACUGAUAGUGUACACUAUUUUCUUCCUCAAUAUAAAGUCUGAGAUUUGGUUCUACCAAGCAGCCAGUCAUUCAGAUAUUUAAUUCUUCUUUUCAAAUAGCCUUAGUUUGCAAAUCAAGAGGAAGUCUUGCAGACUAAGUUUCUGGUUUUCCACCUUUUGCUGACAGUUGCCAGCCAAUCUUAGAUACCCGGAAUAGUUCUCUUCUGCAGAAAUGAGGAAGUGCUAAUACUUGCAGGGAUUAGCAAGAUUAACUCUUUGGGGUUGGUUUCAUUUCCCUCUCUCUUCUCUCCCUCCCACCCCCCCCCCAAUAGGGCAGAAGAAUAGCUUAAGUGGGAUCACCAUUCUGUCUGUCUCAGUGAGCUCAUCGCCCCCCAACUCUGAGCAAUCAACAGCAGUUUUGCUCGUGGAUAUGCUCCCAUGAACUUCCCUGUAUUCCCACUCUCUCCCUGUGCAACAUGAUUCAUCCUAGUUCACAUGCUGGUUCAGCAAAUAUUUUUAACAACCUAAUCCUGCAGCCCUCAAAAUGAAUAGCAAAGCACCUCCUUGCUUGUAUGAGGAACAAUGUCUUCGUUUGCUUUAAUGCAGAUUAACUGUUAUUUUGAGAUGAACUGGCUAACCCAGGAUGACCUCAGGAGAGCUCUGGCCAUCCAGUAGCCAAACUUCACACAGAUGGGGCUCUGUAAGUGGUGCUGUGCCAUGCUGCUUGCUCCCCAGACCAGCCCUGUCAGCAACUGUGAUGGUUACAAAACCGGGAACUUCCCUGUGAAAAUGAAAUUGUGCAGAUAACAGCAACUUUCUUUGAGCAUCAAUAAAAGUCAUGGCCGGGUCAUGGAUCGCUCUGCGGCACAUGGCUACAGUCAUGGCGACAGUUCAUGUCUGCAGUCAACCCGAGUCCUCGGACCAGGCUGCCGGUAGAGGAAGAGCUGGGCUGGCACCGGGUUUCCUGGCCGGAGCGGGACUUCCCGGUCCCGGUGGAACCCAGAGGUCUCCAGCGCAGCAGGUACGGGGGCAGAGCCCGCCCGCGCGGCGCUCGCCUGGAGCACUGCAAGAGGCGCCGGGGAAACCGAAAGUCAGCGGCCGCUCGGCUGCGCUCCGCCGCGGGCCGGGCCAUGGCUGCCGCGGUGCCCCUGGGGCGGCUGCUGCGCGCGGUGGAGCUGAGCUGCGCCUGCUGCCUGCAGCACUUCGCGGACCCGGUGCGGCUCCCGGGCUGCGGCCACAGCUUCUGCCGGCCCUGCAUCCUCCAGUACUGCAAGGGGAAGCAGCGCGCAUUCUGCCCGCUCUGCCGGGAGGGCUUCGAGCGGAAGGACCUGCGGCCCAACCGGGAGCUGGCCGCUUUGGUGAACCUGGUCCAGCAAGAGGUAGCGCAAGAAGAGCUGGAAGCACAGAAUGAACCGAAGCCGUCUGCAGCUGUUGCCUGCAACGACCAGAGCUCGGCGGGACGGCAUGGGGACAAGGAGGAAGAGAUACAGGACAUCUCGAAGGAACUGGAAGCAACUAUAGAGACCAUCCACCUCUUGAGAGAAGAGCUCAAUAAAACAAAGGAAUAUACAUCUCAGAUCAAAAACAAGAUUACAAGAGAUUUCAGUUGCAUGAAGGAAUAUGUUGAAAGACAGGAGAGACACACACUGGUGUUCAUUGAACAAGAGCAAAAGGCAGCUGAGGAGAAAAUUGAAGAGACUAUUCAGCAGCUCUGUAUUGAAGUAAACAGGCUCACAGACAUCACAGCUGAAACAAGCACCCUAACAGAGAGACAUAGGUACAGAGACUUGCCUUCAAUAAUGGAUAAAAUUACACUUGAUGAGAAACUGAAUGUUGUCAAAAGUGCUGUAGAAGUUCUUAAGAGAAAGUUGGAAAUUUUGCUUUUGGAGAAAUACCCUGAGCAGUUCCCACCAGUGGAACCCCCAGACUUGUAUCAAGAGGCAAGUGCCUGCUCCUUAUCUCCAGAGUCCACAGUUAAAAGUCCAGAACCAGUGAAUUCAAGCCGUUUUUCCCAGUGGGCAGAUGAUGUGACUUUUGAUCUCAGAAGAGUCUAUGAGCGCUUAGCAAUCACAGCCCAGAACAGAAAAGUCAUGGUUUCCAGCCACCCAACUGACUAUGGACCAUCGCCCAAUAGAUUCUGCAUCAGCCAAGUGAUGUGUUCACAGAGCUUCUCUACUGGGUGCCACUACUGGGAAGUAAUUACCAAGGACAGUGAUGGAUGGGCUGUUGGAGUUGCUCAUAAAAUGAUUGGUAAAAGGGAAAAACUAGGGAGAACGGAGCAUUCCUGGUGUGUGGAAUGGCUAGGUCCCAGAAAGCAGCUGUCAGCAUGGCAUAGGAAUCAAGAAACGUUGUUAGACAAGGAUAAACCACUGAAGGUUGGAGUUUUUCUGGAGCUACAGAAGAAGACCGUGUCAUUUUACUCCAUCACUGAUGAAGAAAUGCUUUUGCAUACUUUUGAAAUCAGUACCUCAAAUCCUCUUUACCCUGCUUUCUGGCUAUAUGGCCUAGAAAUAAAUGGAUCUUUAACUAUAUGUCACACAAAUGGGACAUAAAAACCUGUUCAGAAAAGUGGCAGUUUUGCCUCUUACUGCAGAGCUUCUCUACAGGCUUCAAUGUUUAGCACAGGAAUUUACUAAGGAGUGUGUAGCCACCAAGGUUUUGCUGGGAAUUAGCAACUGAUCCAUUCUCUGCUCUGUUCUUCUUCAUGCCAUGCUCAGAUCUAAUGAUACUUCAUCAAAACAGUUCCAAUGUAUGCUAAAAGUAGUAACCAUCCCUGUGGGAGCCAAGUGGAUUUCUUAAGCGGCUUUAAGUACUCCCAGGGUAUUUCUAGGAAGGAAUGCACCAAGGAAGCUCUGAGGCUGAGGAUAAGCUUUUCCCAUGGACUUUGUUUUCCUACAUUGAUCCAAAUAAAUUACAAGAGAACAGACGAUGCUA